AUGAGCGAUGUGGUUAAGAAAGAAGUACUAAAACUACUAGAGGCUGGUAUAAUUUAUCAAAUUUCAGAUAGUAAGUGGGUGAGCCCUAUACAUGUGGUACCUAAAAAAGGAGGUGUCACAGUUGUGGAAAAUGAGAAAGGCGAGCAUGUAGCUAAGCGUGUGGAAAACGGUUGGCGUUUGUGCAUCGAUUACAGAAAACUAAAUAAGAUGGAUACUCGGGAUUUUUCCAAAUUCCGAUUCACCCCGAAGACCAAGAGAAAACAACCUUUACAUGCCCUUACUGAGCAUUUUCUUAUAGACGAAUGCCAUUCGGACUUUGCAAUGCCCCAUCUACCUUCUAACGUUGUAUGA